AUGGAUGCCUCAGCGUUGCUUUCGGCGACUCUGUCGCCUGUCAGAACUGCUGCUGAAGCGCAGCUCAACCAGGCCGCAGAGGCCAACUUCUCUGGAUACCUCACCCAUCUAUCACAAGAACUCGCCAACGAGCAAGCACAACCUCAAGUGCGUAUGGCCGCCGGUCUCGCAUUGAAAAACUCCUUCUCCGCCCGUGAAUACACCCGCCUCCGCGAAGUCCAGGACCGAUGGAUCAACCAAGUCGACCCCAACGUCAAGCAAUCAAUCAAGGCUCUUGCCCUCCAAACACUAAAGUCAAACGACUCCAGAUCAGGACAGUCAGCAGCUCAAUUCAUCGCCUCAAUCGCCGCCAUCGAGAUUCCCCGCGAGCAAUGGCCCGAGCUCAUGCCUACUCUGGUGCAGAAUGUUGGCGAGGGUGCCGACCACCAAAAGCAGGCAUCCCUCACCACUAUUGGCUUCAUUUGCGAAGCUGAGGACCAGGACCUUAGAGAUAGUCUCUCUCAGCACUCCAACGCCAUCCUCACCGCUGUCGUCCAGGGCGCAAGAAAGGAGGAGCCCAACGCUGAUGUCAGAAAUGCCGCCAUCACUGCUUUGGGAGACUCGCUCGAAUUUGUCCGCACCAACUUCGAAAACGAGGGCGAGCGUAACUACAUCAUGCAGGUCAUCUGUGAGGCCACUCAGGCCGACGACAACCGCAUCCAGCAGGGUGCAUACGGCUGCUUGAACAGAAUCAUGGGUCUUUACUACGACAAGAUGCGUUUCUACAUGGAGAAGGCCCUCUUCGGCUUGACCAUCCAAGGCAUGAAGAAUGACGAGGAGGAUGUCGCCAAGCUUGCCGUUGAGUUCUGGUGCACCGUCUGCGAGGAGGAGAUCUCUAUCGAGGAUGACAACUCUCAGGCUACUGCUGAGGGUUCCACAGAAAUGCGCGAGUACUUCAACUUUGCCCGCAUCGCUACUCCCGAGGUGGUGCCCGUUCUGCUCGAGCUGCUCGCCAAGCAGGACGAGGAUGCUGCUGACGAUGAGUACAACAUCUCUCGCGCUGCUUACCAAUGUCUGCAGCUCUGGGCCCAGACGGUCGGCGGUGUUAUUGUGCCCGCUGUUCUUCAAUUCGUCGAGAAGCACCUCCGCUCCGAGGACUGGCACUACAGAGAUGCAGCCGUCUCUGCUUUCGGUGCCAUCAUGGAAGGACCUGACGAGAAGGUCCUUGAUCCCCUGAUCAAACAAGCUCUCCCUGUCAUGAUCGGCAUGAUGGAAGACCCAGUCAUCCAAGUUAGAGAUUCGGUUGCUUACGCUCUGGGCCGUAUCUGCGAGACAUGCUCCGACUCGAUCGACCCUAGCACACACCUUCAGCCCUUGAUCAGCUCGCUCUUCAACGGCCUGUCUAGCCACCCUAAGAUGGCCUCGUCCUGCUGCUGGGCUUUGAUGAACCUUGCCGACCGCUUUGCUGGAGAGCCGGGUUGCCAGGAGAACGCUCUGUCUGCUCACUUCCAGAACAGCGUCACCCACCUGCUGCAGGUCACCGAGAGAACCGAUGCCGACCACCAGCUCCGCACUGCCGCUUACGAGGUCCUCAACGCAUUCGUCACCAACUCGGCCAACGACUCUCUCCCUAUCGUCGGCCACCUUACCAACGUCAUCCUCGAGCGUCUGGAGUCUACCAUCCCUAUGAGCCAGCAGGUUGUCAGUGUUGAAGAUAAGCUCAUGCUCGAAGAGAUGCAGACUAGUUUGACCAGUGUCGUGAUUGCCAUCAUCCAGCGUCUCGAGACCGAGAUCAAGCCUCAAGCCGACCGCAUCAUGCAGCUCAUGCUCCAACUGCUCAACACUGUUGGCCCCAAGUCCUCGGUCCCUGACACCAUCUUUGCUGCUGUCGGUGCUCUCGCCAGUGCCGUCGAGGAGGACUUUGCCAAGUACAUGGAGGCCUUCGCCCCCUUCCUGUACACUGCUCUCGCCAACCAGGAGGAGCCUGCCAUCUGUGCCAUGGCCAUUGGUCUUGUCAGCGACAUCUCGCGUGCUUUGAACGAGAAGAUCCAGCCGUACUGCGAUGCUCUGAUGAAUAACCUUCUCAACGACCUUCGCAGCUCGACGCUCGGCAACCAAUUCAAGCCGGCCAUCCUCCAGUGCUUCGGUGACAUCGCUCAGGCAAUCGGCGGUGCCUUCGAGACCUACCUUUCUGUCGUCGCACAGGUCCUGCAGCAGGCCGCCUCGAUCAAUGUGCCCGACACUUCCUUCGAGAUGCUUGAGUAUGUCGUCACUCUCCGCGAAGGCAUUAUGGAUGCCUGGUCUGGUGCUUUGAUGGCCAUGAGAACUGGUGGCAAGAACCCCAACCGCUCCGAGGCUCUGCUUCGCACCAGCAUGGGUGUCAUUGGUGACCUGUCCGAGACCUUCCCUAACGGCGAGUACAGUGCAUCUUUCAGCCAGCAGUGGGUCACCAGCAUGGCUCGCGAGGUUCGCGCCAACAAGGAAUACUCUCAACGCACCCAAGACACCGCCCGCUGGGCUCGCGAGCAGAUCAAGCGCCAAUCUGCCGCUGCUGCCAACGUCCAAAUGUCUUAG